UUGAUUUUCAUGAUACAAACUUUAAAUUUAUCAUUCAUUCACUUUUUUACGUCAAUAUAUUUCCUUGUAACUUUAUAGACAAAAAUAAGCUCGUGGUUGUAUUUUGUUUUUGUAUGUUGCGUACAUUCAUCGAUUUGUUUUCAUGUAUUCAAUUUUUUGCGAUUAAUGCUAGCGCAAUUGUAAUUUUUAUCAGUAUCAGAAAAGAAAGAAAAGUAUUAAUCCACACAAAAUGAUGAAUUCAAUAAUUCGAAAGCGCAUCGCUUCUUCUGACGACAAGAUAACAACAAAAACGGUUUCGUCGCCACCUAAAAAAACCAAAUCAUUCAUUGGUGAAUUGAAUGAAGAGGCAGAUCAGAGCUUCGAAAAAAAACUCAUCAAAAUGAUUCGUCGAAAUUUAAUUUCAAUUAUAAUAUCAUUAAUAAUACUAAUAUUAUUAUUUAUUUUCAUCGUCAUACCAAUCAUUGUUCGUAAUUCCAUUACUUUUCAACGUUUUGGUGUAUUCAUGAAUAUCAUCAAUGUACAUUAUUUCCACGAUCUUUCGAAUACAGAACAAUUUGGUUUACGUUGUGCUAAACCAUUUCGAAUCGAAACGACAAAUGAUGAAGGCAACAUAAAUCUUGGUGCCUGGCAUAUAUUUCCUCGUGAUGAUUAUGACGAAUGUAAACGAGAGGCACAUGAUUUUAAUGAUGAUGGAAUUAUUGUUCUUUAUCUACAUGGUAAUAUGGCAAGUCGAGCUUUUUAUCAUCGUCGUUUACUCUACAAUUUAUUAAGUGAAAAAUCUAAUGCUCAUGUUAUCGCUUUUGAUUAUCGUGGAUAUGCUGAUUCAACUAAUGCAAUACCUAGCACAUUUGGCCUGACAAAUGAUACUCGAAACGUCUAUGAAUGGAUACUUGGAAAUAAUGUCACAUCUGAUAGGAUCAUCAUUUGGGGACAUUCUUUGGGAACUGGUGUUGCUACCAGAUUCUUAAGUGAAUGUCCUGAUGAAAUCUAUCCAUUUGCUGCGGUUAUUGAAUCUGGUUUUACAUCAAUCGUUGAAGCAAGCCAUCAUUAUCCAUUGAUCAGAUUAUUUUCCUUUCUACCAUAUUUUGAAUAUUGUUUUGUUGAACCGCUAGUCAAUAAUCCAGAACUCAAUUUCAAUAGCACAGCUCAAUUAUCUACAAUUCGUUGUCCAUUAUUAAUACUUCAUGCAGAAGAUGAUGUUAUCGUUUCCUUUGAUCUCGGAAGAAAACUAUACGAACAAGCUAAAAUGUUGCAACCGAAAAAUGUUAGUGAACAAACACAAUUUGUAUCAUAUCCCGCCCAAUAUGGUUAUGGUCAUCAAGAUAUUUAUCGUGAUCCAGAUCUCCUUGGAGGGGAUUUCGAAGAUGCAGUGGAUGCUGAUGAUAUUGGCGAUGAAGCUGUCGAUGAAGAGAAUGUUGAAUUUUUGCCAUCCGAUCAGAUGCAACAGAAGCAAAAUGCCAAAAAGAUAACUACACCAUAUAUGACCAAAUAUGAAAGAGCUCGAGUGUUGGGGACUAGAGCCUUACAGAUUGCUAUGUGCGCUCCAAUUAUGGUGGAAUUAGAAGGCGAAACUGAUCCGUUACAAAUCGCCAUGAAAGAACUAAAGGAACGUAAAAUACCAUUAAUUAUCCGACGAUUUUUGCCAGAUGGUAGCUAUGAAGAUUGGGGAAUCGAUGAGCUCAUCAUUACUGAUUGAUAUUUUUUUCAAUUUUUAAAUGUAUUUUUCAUAAAUAAAUUAUUAAUUUUAUUAAAACUCGAAAGUUUCCUUUGA